GUAUAAUCAAAAUCGAAAGUUCUAGAUUACUUUUUCAUUCAUGCAAUCUCUUUUACGAAUUCCUCUAUCAUGUAGAGCUCUUCGGUUGAACAGAUAUUGUAGUCGGUUAUAUUCCAUUCAUAUGAAACCAUUCUCUUUUGACGCGAUUCCUAAUGAGCCCUACCGAAAAAACCGGCUGGCAAGCGAAUAUACGCAGAGAUCCAUUGAAGGAAAGAAAUUCAUUAAUCGGUUAAUAAAGGAGAUUAACGCUUACGAUUUCUAUUACAAUAAAAAUGGUUCAAAAUUGAAUAAACAACAUAGUGUAAUGAAAAACAAAGAUCCAGGAAAUUUGAAUAGAUUGUAUAGAACAGCGGAAUCCGUUCUGAAAGGAGAAAAUUCAUAUACUCCUCGCUCACCAAAAAUGCCUUACAAAUUCUCACCGAAAGGAACUUUCCAAGUUAAUAACUCAAAUAUACCGUUUCAUAUGAUCUCAUUUUGAUGCAAGGCUCUUUUUCAAUAUCAAUGUAAUCUCAUUUAACUGAAAUAUUAAAAAAAUAAAUGAAUAA